UUUCCCGUCCUUUCACCUUCCGUUCUUCUCCCACCUACAGGCUUCCGUCGAAACUUGCGAGUUGCGAACCAAAAAAAAGGCGCAAAAAAAGCAGAAGAGCCCAGAAGAAGAAGAAGGAGUAGAAUCCAGGCAAUCCGCCAGUAGCGCAAAUCAGCAACAUCCGGAAAGUAGGAAAGAUCCUUCCCCCUCGGCAUAAUUUUCCUCCACUCUCCGCCAUCGUAGCCGCCGUGGUUCUGCCACUCUCCGACGAUCGCCCUCUUUGGCUCCGUCGUAUCAUGGUCACUGUGGUUCCUACGGGGAAUCGGGAUUCAGACUGUUGUGCAAGAUUUCCUACGGUGUUCGUUCUUCUUUCUAGUUGUCGAUCGCUGUGAAUAGUUUGUAAAGAGGUAGUUGUGUAUCUGUAUAUGUAGUUGGUUUGAUUGGUUUCGAUUAGGGUUUUCUGUUGCUGGAAUUUGGGCAAGAAGUGGUGAUUUGAUUGUGUUAAUAUGAUAAUUGAGGAAGUGAAGGGAGACGAGUUGGGUGUAGUUGAUAGAAUUUCGGAGAAGGAUCGAAUUGGUGGUGAUGGAGACUUGGUCGUCUGGGACUCGAAGCGGGUCUUGAUCGGAGCGGGCGCCAGGGCUUUGUUUUAUCCUACUUUGCUUUACAACGUCGUUAGGAACAAGUGUCAGGCUGACUUCCGGUGGUGGGAUCGGGUGGACGAGUUUAUUUUGUUAGGUGCUGUUCCAUUUCCUACUGAUGUUCCGUGCCUCAAGGAGCUUGGUGUUCGGGGAGUAGUUACCAUGAACGAGCCAUAUGAGACAUUGGUUCCUACAUCUCUGUAUUACGAAUAUGGCAUUGACCAUCUAGUACUCCCUACUAGGGACUACUGCUUUGCACCUUCCUUGCGAGACAUAUCCCGGGCUGUAGAGUUCAUUCACGACAAUGUGAUGCGAGGGGAAACGACCUAUGUCCAUUGUAAAGCUGGUCGAGGACGCAGCACCACAGUUGUGUUAUGCUACCUUGUUAGUACACUGAAUGACUCAACUUAUUAUUUUGGUUCACCGGAGUGGGUUAAAACAGACGCACAGUAAAAAGGAAGAGAGUUCAUUUGCCUCUUCAGAAGUGUUGUGUAGCAAGGCACGAGAGAGAUGAGAGAAACUAGAGAUCUUGUUUUGGCAUCUCUCUGAAUUUCUUAUUUAACUGCACGCAGGUACAGCACAAGCAUAUGACACCUGAUGCUGCCUACAAAUAUGUAAAGUCCAUCAGACCAAGGGUGCUUCUUGCUCCCGCCCAACGGCAGGCUGUUCAAGAAUUCUAUCACCUUCACAUGAAUACCCACAGCCUCUACGGCAGUUUGAGAAGUCUCAUAUUAAAGGCCCCAAGGCAGAGUCUGGAUCUCUUCCUCUCAAAGGAUCUCGUGAAAUUCGAUGACAGCUCGGUAGUUCUUGUUACGGAGUCAGAUCUCGAUGGAUAUGACCCAAGGCUUGUAUCCACUCCAAUGAAGAGCGAGGUAUGGGCCGACUUGAGUGUGGUUUACGGGGUACGGGUUGCUGGGCAGGCAGUACUCGCAAGGAUCUCCUGUAUGUGGCUCCGUUGUGGAGCUCACCACCAGAAGUUUGUUGGCGAGGAGCAACUGAGCAGGAAGAGCAGCUGCUCGAUCAGCAGGGAUCAAUUGGGAGGUAUUAGUGUCGACAUUCACGUCUAUUAAGGCGCCGGUGGAGUUUGCAUUAAAGGGUAGUCUGAUAAGCUUUGCUUGUUAUUUCUUGUGAAUCCCGUGAUGUCGUUUCUUGUCGUUGGUAUAUAAGUACGAUGAUGAAUAACGUUUGCUUUGAACCAAGACUUGGGUUUUUCGCCACCAGCUGUAAAUAUUGAGUGGUCUGCCUGAUGAAUCCAUUAAGUUCCGAGUAUAGAACGGUUAGUGGGGUAAUAGCGAAAUCGUGUAUUACUGCAAUUAUCCUGUGAUAAAAUCAAAUAAGAUUGCAUGAUCAUCAGUUAAAUCAUAGAUAACUGAUAAGAUUGUUUCGGAUAAUAUAAAGAGUAUCAGAUUGCAAAAUGGUGCAUCAGUGUUAUAAGAUUGUAUAAGAUCGAUAAUAAGUUAAAUCGGUAUAUUGCAG